GUAGUUUACUAUUUAGUCCCUGUUUGAGGCCGAGUUUAGUGAUUCUUGGGGCUGAGUUUGUGUUGUUUCUGAUGCUAUUUGAGUUUCAUGAAUUAUAAUUUGAUGGCAGACCUGUUUUGCUACAAACGGUCUUGUGAAAUACAGAAAGUUUGAAAUUACAAACCGGUCUUUAUAAACACAACUUAAUUCAAUAAUUUUGAAUCCGAAUUACACAUUUUGAAAAGCGUCAAUUUCAAGUCUGAAAUCAGUACUGCUGAUUGUGAUACUCUGUAUUUCUUAGAUAAGCUAGUGAUCUGCCUGAACACAUGUUAAUAAAUUUUAAUUUAUGUCCAAUAUCCGUGCCCUUUUUUUUUUGCUUCCAGAGACGAAGAACUGCCAUUGAUGAACUCAACAUGCGGAGCAUAUUUGAAGAAAACGAUGUUAUCUGUGCUGAAGUCCGUGGUUUCCAGCACGACGGCUGUCUACACCUUCAAGCGAGAAGCCAAAAGUACGGAAAGCUCAAAAGAGGCCAACUACUCACAAUCCCACCAUACCUCGUGAAGAAACGCAAACAACAUUUCCACUAUCUCGACCAAUUUGGGAUCGACUUGAUACUCGGCUGCAACGGAUUCAUUUGGGUCGGUCAACAUGUCGAGGCCCGUGAUGACAUGGCAGAGGACUCGCCCGAAAAUUCCGAGCAACAAAUUCAGAAAUCGAUCAACGAACUACAAGAUGAAGAGACUUACACGCCACUCGAAACCCGGCAAAACAUAUGCCGAGCGGCUAAUGCCGUUCGGGUCCUUUCCAUGCUAGGGUUCAUGGUCACAGUUGAAGUUAUUACAGAGAUUGUGAAUCUGAGUAUCUCUUUGAAUCUGGACGUGCAUGAAAUGCUCGGGCCCGAGUUUUACGUGACUGUUGCUGAGAAAGAGGCGAACCGUCGAGGUUCGUCGGGGAAAAGGAGAUGAUUGAUUAUGUGUUG